UAGUAAAAGGGAGCUGUCACACACCAACUCAAGCGGUACAACAUCAGCAGCAGGGAAGCAAAUAGUUUGCAGCUUGUUUAGCCUUGGGCCUAGAUACCAGCGUAUCAUUGAGAUCAAUGUUUAGCAAUGAGGGAGCUGGAGAAGACUGGAAGGAGAGGGUCUUCCGCAAUGCAGGCGCAUCAAUGCAUGGCCUUAGUGAGGAAGUUACAAGGGCCAACACCACCAUCUUCCCAGGUCUCAGAUAUAGGAAGAGGGGAAUCUCUCCGCCAGUUAUUGGGAACACUUCUAGAGGAGAUGCAAAAUGUUUCCACCAGAUUAUCAAGAAUAGAAGCGAAGAUGCUUGUCCAAGAAGAAAGAAAAAAUGACGUGGUCUUCCUAGACCAUGUUACAAAAGGCAAGACUGAAGAGUAUUGUUGCGGGAAACUGUGACAAAGCCCUGGCGCUUCUGGAAGCUAUAAAAGUAUAUAAAGCACAAGUCAGGUCUUUUUGUUGAACAAAAAGGCCAACAACCAAAUGACCGUGGAUGUUCUUGUCAACCAUACAAUGAAGGAUCUCGGAGGUGACAAACGAAGAAGUUCAAAACUCUUGAUGGUGUCCCUUGCAACAACAAUCAACAUAAACAAAUGGUGGGGGGGAAAUAAAGGGGCGCAAGGCUACUGGAAAGCCAAUAAAGCUGUUUGAAUCAGCAAAGGCAACAUUUGAAAGGUACAGUAAGCUGGAUGAGGAGGGUGUGAGUGCAAAAAUCAACCGUGAAAACGGGAAGGCCAUGGCCAGAAGAGACUGAGGAGAGCAUACUAUAGAUUGGAGGGGAGCGUUACAUUGAUAGACACAUGAACAUGAACAUUCUCGAUCUUAAUUUAAUUAACCUUUUUAUUUAAUUUUUUAAACAUGUUUUUUAUAUUCAAUCAAAAAGUGUG